CUGGUGCGAUACGAUUUCAUUGUUUAUGUAAAGCGAAGUGGCUCGGCUCGGCGUUUCAGAAAUCUUAGAAAUAUAUAGUUAAAUCAUAAAAGUGAAAAGUAUAUAUGUUUUGUUUGUUUGUUUCGUGAAAUAAUACGCAAACUAUUCUAGCCAUGGCAGACGACGGCGACACUGUAGCUGUUAUGACUGUAAAGGAACCUCUGGAUUUAAUCAGACUUAGUCUGGAUGAAAGAAUUUAUGUCAAAAUGCGAAAUGAACGUGAGUUGCGCGGGAAAUUACAUGCCUAUGAUCAACACUUGAAUAUGGUUUUGGGUGAUGCAGAGGAAACUAUUACAACAGUUGAAAUCGAUGAAGAAACAUAUGAGGAGGUUUAUAGGUCAACCAAAAGGAACAUUCCUAUGUUAUUUGUAAGAGGAGAUGGAGUAAUACUUGUAUCUCCACCAGUGCGAGUUGGUUUGUAGGUUUAAGUAAUGAAAAUAAAUGUACGUUAAGUAACUAA